GCGUUUUAUAUAGUCGACAGUGCUAGAUGUUUUUGGCUGAAAACAUUCUCUUGCCCUUGUGGGAAUAAAAACUCAAAGAAAGCUUAAAGGCUCCCGAAAGCAAGGUUAUUUCUUUACUUUCAGAAAUACCUCCGACUCCGCUCAUACUUUCACAAGGCGGGGCGUCGAAAGGCAUCCGUAAACUCUCGGUCGUCCGUCUGAAGCAGGGCGAGGCGGGCGGGGGCUGCAGUACCAUGGCGUGUCCAGAGGAGGGUGAGGUGGAGGUGACCCGGGUCGCGGGGCUGAUGCGGCGGCUCCAUUCCCACGACGACGCCCCCCUGUCCCAGGAUGAGCUGGACUCCCUCAAACAGAACAGCGAGGAGCGCCCCUUCCUGGUGAUCCACCACCUGCACGCCGUGAGGGAGGGGGGCGUGCCGCUGCUCCUGCAGGGGGCGCCCAUCACCUGCCGGGUGAACAGCACGGAGAGAUACACCACGCGCUCCAAGGUGCGUGUCUGUACUCUCUACACGGUCCGUCUCGUACACGGCCAGUUCUGCUGGACGGUGAAGAGGAAGUACAAGCACUUCCAGGAGCUGCACCGUGACCUGUACAAGCACAAGAUCCUGCUGAACUUCCUGCCCCUGGGGAGAUAUGCUCUCCAGAGGCAGCAGCUGGGUGCGAUGACAGAGGAGAUGCCCUCUCUGCACGGAGCUGAAAGAGUCAGAAGGGCAUCCAGCAAGCCGAAAUACCUGGAGGAUUAUCUUAAUGGGCUGCUAGAAAACGACUUCUGCAGGAGCUACCAUGGAAUGCUGGAGUUUCUGGAUGUCAGUCUGCUGUCCUUUGUCAAAGACCUGGGGCCCAAAGGCUUGGAGGGCUACAUUCUGAAGAGGUCAGGAGGGCAUCGCAUCCUGGGCCUGAACUGCAUCGGUCACCACCAGUUCUGCUUCCGCUGGUCGCGCCGCUGGCUGGUGGUCAAAGACUCCUUCCUGCUCUACAUGAAGAGGGAGGCGGGAGUCAUCUCCUUUGUGCUGCUCUUCGACCCCGAGUUCAAGGUCCUGGUGGGCCGCUGCUACACCGACACCAAGUAUGGAGUUUGUAUCCAGAACUUCACAAGGACCCUCAUCAUUAAGUGCAGCAGUUACAGACAGGCUCAGUGGUGGAGCCAUGAGAUCAACAGACUGGCAGAGCCAUGUGACUUCCUCAAGACGCACCGGUUCGAGGGCUUUGCCCCGCCCCGGGAGGACACUCUCACCAAGUGGUAUGUGAAUGGCAGUGGCUACUUUGCAGACUUAGCUGAUGCUCUGGAGCAGGCCAAGGAGGAGAUCUUCAUCACAGACUGGUGGCUCAGUCCUGAGAUUUUCCUGAAGAGGCCGGCCACAGACAGCUACUGGCGCCUGGACCAAAUCCUCAAACGCAAAGCAGAGCAGGGAGUGAAGGUCUGCGUGCUGCUGUACAAGGAGGUGGGGGUGGCCCUCGGCAUCAACAGCGACUACAGCAAGAGGGCCCUCAUGAACCUGCAUCCCAACAUCAAGGUGAUGCGACACCCCGACCAUGUAGCCUCCGUCGUCUUAUUGUGGGCGCACCACGAGAAGAUGGUGGCCAUCGACCAAUCGGUGGCCUUCGUGGGCGGGCUCGACCUGGCCUAUGGGAGGUGGGACGACAGCCACUACAGGCUCACUGACCUGGGAGCCCCACAGACGCCCAAUCAUGAUAAAGAGGCGGGGCCAGAUGAUGGUGGUGACACUGUAGACAGUGGAGCAGGCUAUCAGCCUCUUGCAACAGAACCAGAGCCAAUUGACCCGGAGGACCUGAAGGGCAACACUCGCUUUUGGCUGGGCAAAGACUACAGCAACUUCAUCAAUAAGGACUGGGUUCAGUUAGACCAUCCUUUUGAAGACUACAUCGACCGCUCUCAGGUGCCCCGCAUGCCCUGGCGGGACCUGUCCACAGCACUCCAUGGGAAGGCAGCCAGAGAUGUUGCCCGACACUUCGUCCAACGCUGGAACUUCACCAAGAUCUUUAAGAACAAGUACAAGGACGACUUCUACCCCUGCCUGCUUCCCAAAUCCCACAGCACAGCAGACCAGUUGCCCUUCACCAUCCCAGGGUCCCAGAAGGCCUCAGUACAGGUGCUGCGGUCCGUCGAUCGCUGGUCGGCUGGGACGUGCGAGAGUUCCAUCCACAAUGCCUACAUCCACACCAUCGAGAACAGCGAGCACUACAUCUACAUAGAGAACCAGUUCUUCAUCAGCUGUGCAGACGGGAAGACUGUCCACAACAAGAUCGGGGAUGCCAUUGUGAACAGGAUUCUGCGGGCCCACAGUGAACAGAAGAAGUACCGCGUUUUUGUGGUGGUCCCCCUACUUCCUGGGUUUGAGGGUGACAUCAACUCAGGGGGUGGAAAUUCCAUCCAGGCCAUCCUCCACUUCACCUACAGAACCAUGUGCCGAGGGGAGUUCUCCAUACUUGCCAGACUAAAGGAGCAAAUACAGGACCAGUGGAGUGAUUACAUCUCCCUGUGCGGCCUGCGCACCCACUCCCAACUGUCCCGUUCCCUGGUCACCGAGCUCAUCUACGUCCACAGCAAGACCCUCAUAGCCGACGACCGCCGCUACAUCAUCGGCUCGGCGAACAUCAACGACCGCAGCAUGUUGGGGCAGAGGGACAGUGAGCUGGCGGUGUUGGUGGAGGACACGGAGAGGGUGGAGUCCCGCAUGGGGGGUGAGGAGUACCAGGCGGGGCCUCUGACGCUCGCCCUGCGCAAGGAGUGCUUCAGAGUGCUCUUGGGGGCAGAUUCUGAACCCUGCAUCAACAUCCAGGACCCAAUCAGUGAUGAGUUCUUCCAGGAGGUGUGGAACAAGACGGCAAAAUCAAAUGCCAAUAUUUAUGACACGGUGUUCCACUGCCUGCCCACGGACUCCGUGCACAGCCUGCGCGCUCUGAAGGAGCUCUCUGAGACGGCGCGCCUGUGUGAGACCGACCCUGAGCGCGCCCGAGAGGAGCUGCGCGCCGUCCGGGGCCUCCUGGUCCACUUCCCCCUCCACUUCCUGUCCGAGGAGAACCUGCUCCCGCCGCUCAACAGCAAGGAAGGGAUGGUUCCCAUAGAGACCUGGACCUAACCGGGAGGGGGGGAAGGAGCAACGAGGCUGAGCCGCUUCAGUGCCUGCUGGGAGGGGGCGGCGGUCCCAGCAGCUGCGGAGGAUCGGUUGGCCUUACAUAAGAGAUAUCAGGUUUACCUUGCCUUGUCCUGAGGGCCAGAAGUGACAGUCGAGUGUUGGAAGUUGUAGACAUGACAUUCAAAUGUCCAUGCCCAUGGAGGCAGGCACGGCGGAACUGCACAUGUUUCAGGCCAGCGCAAAGAAAGGGGCUUUUGUGCCGAUUGACAAACCUAUCCCUAAAGCCGCAUUUGCAUGGGGCCACGCCCCCAGUUACCCUUUUUUGUGCUAAUUGGAAACCUGUUUCACAAUGAACUGAAACCACAUUUUGGCCUUAUACAGCAUUUGUACAGAGGGAAAAACUCCUCAAAGGAUUGAUCAAUCAAAGAUAAGACACUUGAACCCGAUGGGAAUUCUGAGGAAUGUUCUUAAUUCUCUUUCAGGAAAAUUAAUGUAGGCAACAAAGUAUUUUCUGUGCACCAUGGACUUGAUUUGAAAAUGUGGCUAUAUUACUUUUUCCUUAUUGAAAUUCAGUGGUACUUAUUAGUUGGUAACUAAUUCCAGGUUACAGCUUGAUACAAUACGGAUUAACAUGUCAACUAGUGGAGUAAUCAGAGAGAGGACUACUAAUAAUGAUAUAAAAUACAAUAUAGGUUAGAAUAAUUUUAAUUUAUCAUUGUUUACAGUAGGCUAAUUAUUUUUGACAAUGCAUUAAUGAACUGGAAAAAGCUUGUUAUAUUGCGAUAGACACUAUGGUUAUUGAUGCAUCUCCAGCAAUAUUGUACAUGGGGUGACCUCGCCUUUUCCGUACUGUACAGCUGUUCAAAACAUUCGUGCGUGUGCUCUGAAUGUCACACGAUGCUCCAAACAUUCAGAUGAAAUGCCCUACACACCCACACGCGUACACAUGCAAGCGUGCACACUUAAGAAUGGAAUAUUUGUUCGGGCAAGUUGGUCCAAUAAGACCGUCGGUCUCAUAAUUCAGUUAUUUACUCAUGAUUCAAUUUACUGACGAGUCACAAGCAGGACCAACCAAGACCAGAGUACGUGGGGAGGGGAGGGGGCCGGGGCUGGGGCUGAUCUUUGCUGCUGAUUUAAAGCUGAAUGGAUCUCAAACCUGUGGCGCGUGUUCCCUGUUUCUGAUACCUCCCUCUGUGCUAUCUCAUUCAGAGCAGUCCCGAAAAACCUGAGAAUCUGCUAGCCCAAGAUGACCCCGUCCACACCCUCUCUGAGAGCGACUGCCUAUUUCAGAGGGGUCUGCAGCUCAAACAUGUCACUUCUCUGUAACUACAGAUGGGAGAGCAUACCUUAAACUUGUAACAGCAUUUUUCUUAUUUUUGUUUUAAUUUUUCUAACCUGGUGCAGUGCUUUGUAUUACUAAAAUGGCUGUAUAUGGUGUUUAUUGGACUCAUUCACAGAAAACAGAAUGACAUCCAAACAUCUCUGAAAAAUAAUAGUGCAGAACAGUGUCCCCCAUCACUCCAGCUCUCUGGCUAAAUGGUGAUGUGCUAUGGCCGUCACUCAGGCAAAAGGCUACCAUGUAUGAGCUGGCUGUGGCACACACCGCCACGCCUAUCCUCUGUAUAUUGCUAGGUAACUGUAGUUUCGGUGCCUUCACCCGUCGCUGUUUGCCAGCGUGUUUUCCAUGCCAGCCCCUUCUCGAGACCGGAGUCUGCCAUGGCUCAUGCCAGAUGGCAGCCAUUGCACCACAUGCUGGACUGGAAUGAGAGAGAGGGAGCAGAGAAUGAGUGAAUCAGGAGAGAGAGAGAGAAAAAAGGGAGGA